CAACCCACCGCUCGCCUCGCCCGCCUACUCCCGUCCUACUCUCCUCUACCUAGCUCUCGUAAAACCAUCUCCUUUCAACAUGGACAGCCACAACCAGGACUGGAGCAGAGUUGUCAUGCGCUCAAAGAACCCAUCCGGCUCCCGCAAGCUCGAGUCUGGACCAGGCAGCUCCGCCGAGCGCAAGUUCACCGCCGGCUCUAACACCAAGGCCUCUGGCGACAGCUCCAUGGCCAAGCUCGACGCCGAAACCGACGUCCUUGCUCACAAGAAGGUCGGCCUCGGCCUCGGCAAGGCCAUCCAGCAGGCGCGUUCGGCGAAGGGCAUGACCCAGGCGAAGCUUGCCCAGGCCAUUAACGAGAAGCCCGCCGUGGUGAAUACGUACGAGAACGGAAAGGCCAUUCCGAACGGACAGAUUAUCGUGAAAAUGGAGAGAGCGCUGGGCACUAAGCUGCCCCGCCCGAGUAAGAAGAAGUAGGCCGUUGUCGCGCGUCCCGUCGUAUAGUCUCGUUAAUCAGUGCUUUAUUUGAAUGAUGCAAGACACAAUGUUCAUCAGCUGACUUCAUGACGUUCACGUCACGGGGAAGAGAAUAUGAAUACGGUAGGUAUUAGUUAAAGGAUCUCCGUUACCCGCCUCCUGCAUGUCCCCUACCAGGUUUCCCAUUGCUAUUACGUUACCCCCCAUUUCCCGGUCCGGCAUGCUCUUGUAUCCCACUUCGAUCCCUUCCCAAGUACUUUUGCAACGCCCCGUCCCCUACCUCUAUGACGACGACUACUACGACCACCACUGACCCACCCAACACUGAUGUUCCUACCUCCAACAAGACUGGGCGUGGCAUUCCUUUGCAUGCGUCCCCAGCUCACCCUAUUUCCGGCAGUGUCACAAUCACAUCCUUCAAACGGGUGACCUUCAAAUGUGUCCAUCAUGGAUACUGGACACUGGAGAAGAAGGGAUGUCUUCAUAGUAGCCCUGUCCAUCAUCACCAUCUCCAUUAGCGCUACCCCCAUCGCCUAAAUCUCCCCCUUCUGCUAGUAAAUAUGACCACGUCAUCGGAUUCGGCCAAAGAUUCGGUCGUUCGGCCUCGAGUUUCUCCACGACCUGCUCCGUUAGAACUUCUGGAUGCUGAGCUGCCAGUCGCUGUAUGCGAAAAUCAGCGUCCUGGUCUCGUGUCUCGGAAAGAGUCGGCGGAGUUGACUCCGAACAGUCUGAGUCUCCGCAAACCGGACAAGUCAGGAUAGACCAAGGCGUUGCAGGAAGCUCACCUGUAAAGCAUCCCCCGUGGAAGGCAUGCGCACAUCGCAGUCUGCGCACCACCGGCGCGGCUCCGUUCAAUAGCGGCUCUGCCGGUGAUAGCGAAGAGACAGACUGCGUCCUUGUCCGCUGGAGGGGUGCUUGACAAAAUGGGCACGUCACAGGCUCAUGGCCGGGCACAGCGGCGGUGACGUAUUCAUGAUGUACAUUAUUCAGCUUGCGGAGCACCUGUCGUCGCUGCCGCGGUGUGCGUAAACCGUCACGAAUAAGGAAGCUAACGUAGCAUGUGGGCACGGCCAUCACGGCAAUAACAAUGAAAAUGAUGACAAGCGCAACCCGGCG